AUGUUCGGGAGCCUGUCGCUGCUCUUUUCGGCUGUCGCCGGAUUGAUUCUUCUUUCAAUUCUCAUCAGUACGGUAAAAAAGGUUUCUUUCGUCCUGACGUCUCCCUUGAGAGCUUUGCCAGGGCCGCGGGUCUCUCUUUGGACAAACUUGGUAUUGAAAAGGGCCGUGGUAACGGGAACGCGGAUCCAUUACAUUCACGCUCUGCAUCAAAAGUACGGGCCAAUCGUGCGUAUAAGUCCCAAUGAGGUCUCUGUUGCGGAUCCACAAAGUGUUCAGGCCAUCCACAAGAUAAAUUCAGGGUACACGAAAAGUCCGUGGUAUGUCGAGGUCGCGCCAUUCGGGCGGCCGAUCCUUUUCUCCAUGAGUGACAGCAAGGCGCAUGGUACUCGACGGAAGCUUUUUGCUCGUGCGUUUUCCAAGACAUACCUAAAGCAAAACUACGAGAAGACUGUCCAUGAAAUGACGAGGCAAGUGGUGAUGAAGAUUCAGAAUGAAGCAAAGCAGAAAGGAAGCGCAUGUGUCCUGCGGUGGUGGACAUUCAUGGCGACCGAUAUCUCGGCGCUGCUCAUGUUUGGCGAUUCAUUUCACGCCAUCGAGCGGGGGCAGGUCAAUGAGUAUAUCCGCAUCCUCCAAUCAAAUAUGAAAGGAAGCGGAAUCGCGGCCGAGCUACCAUGGUGGAUUCCUCCUCUUCUCAAGUGUAUCCCAGUUGAGGGUAUAAGGGAACUUUUCCGAGGCAACGACAUCCUCAUAAAAUACGGACUGGAAGCACGCAGGAAGAGCAAAGCUGCAGGAAAUGAUAAAAGCAUCUUCUCGGCCGUCAACAAAGAGGCCCAGACAGAAGGCGGUCGCCUCGACGAGACGGACGUCCAGUAUGAGUCUCAAGGCCUCUUGGUAGCCGGGUCCGAUACUACCGCAGUGACCAUGACUUACCUCGUCUGGGCUGUGCUCUCACACCCGCAGUGGCAGGCCAAACUCGAACAAGAGGUUGCGGAAUUACGGCCGGACUUCUCAGAGGAGGAUUUAGAGAAGUUGCCGGUCCUCAACGGAAUCAUCGAGGAAACUUUGAGAUUGUACGGAGCUGCGCCAGGCGGACUACCGCGUAUUGUACCAAAGGGAGGCGCACAUAUGAUGGGACACUACAUACCCGCUGGCACAACGGUAACAACUCAAGCUUUCACUCUGCACAGAGACUCCAAUCUCUUUCGAAACCCUGAAAGAUUUGAUCCUUCGCGGUGGCAGCUUUCAGAUGAUUUGGAAGAUACGGGUGCUGUAUCGAGAAUCACAGAUGCAGCAAAAGCGGUAUACUCGCCGUUCGGAUUAGGUGCUCGGGUCUGCCUUGGAGUGCACCUGGCCCGCAUGGAGAUGAGACUCGCAACCACCGAGUUCUUUAGGGCGUGUCGGGGUGCCAGACUCGCGCAUUCGGUGACAGAUGAGUCGAUGGCUAUGGAAAAUCAUUUUCUCAUCGCACCAAAGAGCCACAAGUGCGAGAUUGUGUUACAGGAAUAA